AUGGAGAAGGUUGAAAAGCGUCAUUGUAUCAAAAUGAAUCGAAUUCAUGGUGAGGCUGCUUCAACAGACAUAGAGUCACUUCAGAUUGCCAAGGCGGCUAUCAAAGAGAAAGUAGAGGGUUAUAGUGCUUGUGACAUCUAUAACUUUGAUGAAACAGCACUUUUCUAUGCCGCCCUACCAAGAACAAGGAUUUCUCACCAGAAAUUUUCUGGUUGGAAUGAAAAUAAAAAGCUGCUUAUAGUAGGUCUUUUGUACAAUGCCGAUGGAAUAGACAAGUGGUCUGAUAUAUUGAUGAUUGGUCAUGCUAGAAGACUAAACUGUUCUAACAAAAACAGUAAAAAACAAGAGGCAGUAGAUCAUGGAUUUUUUAUGUAUCAUUACAACAGUAAGGCCUGGAUGACACGAUCAAUCUUCUAUGUUUUCCUCCAUCACUUUGAUCGUUCAAUGAAAGUGCAAAACCGCAAAGUGCUUUUGAUUCUCAAUAGUUUCUCUGAUCAUAUAUAUCACAAAUACAACAAUGUGCCUACAAAUGUUGAGCUUCUUUUUCUGCCUCGAAACACUACAUCCCACCUUCAGCCAUUGAAUGGUAGCAUCAUUUGGGCUUCUAAGACUUAUUUUAAGUGUAAACAGUAUGCUAAGACAUAUCAGUAUAUUGGCAUGAUUCAAAAUGGCAAACAAGAUAAGAUUGGGGCCAUUGAUAAAAUCUUUGAAAUUGAUCAAUUAUGGGCAAUAAAAUGGAUAAGAUAG